AUGGAAAACGAUAACGAGAACGAUUUCUACGAGGACGUGCUUCCGUCCUUUGAGAUGCACAACUUCAUGUUUAAUCGGAGUAUCUAUGAUACCGAGGAUAUCAGACAGUCCAGUCUGCCCCAGUAUGAUGAACUCCGAUCCUGUCCUAAUGCUCAAGCUGCAGCCACAACGGAGGAGCAGUUUUCGCCUCUUGAGAGGCCCGAACUUCUUGUGUUGAACAACUUGGAGUCAUUGCAAACCAUCAGUUUGCCGCUGAAGGUUUCCAUCACAAUGACCAAAAAAUUCCCGGUGUUCGGUCAACCGUACGAGGAGGAAUCGCCAUUGCGGUGUUUCCAGCCAGGUGAGAUGGUUAUGGGCUGGGUCUCUGUCGAGAAUACCAGUCAGGAACCAAUUCCUUUCGAAAUGUUCCUUGUUUCAUUAGAAGGUAACAUAACGGUUCCCAUCUCUGGAGAUCGCACCAGUGCCAAAUUACACCAACGUACAUUUUUGAGGACCUAUGAUAUCAGCGCCUGUUAUCAUCAUGGGAGUAUCAAUCCUACCCCUUUUGUGAUAAGCAGAUGCAUGAUGGUCGACCCUUUUGACCAUGCCAAUUUUGGGUUCCCGCCUGACCAGAUGCUGCUACCAGGAGUGACACACAAAAAGUUCUUUGCCUUCAGGCUACCGAAUCAUGUGCUGGACACUGCGUGUGACCACGAACUUGUGGAACAUCUUUAUUGUCCACCCACUUACGGAGUGGAUCCGGUGGCUCACGGUGGCAAAGCCCUGGAACUUAGGGUGAACGAAGCGCUUGGCUACGGCAGACUGGAUGCAAAAGGGUCUCCGAUAGUUACGAACGACUCCAACGACAGAGGUCAGUCUGUGUCGUACUCAAUCAACCUUCGUAUACUAGGAAGACCUCUGGACUCUUACAAGAAGUUCUAUAAGCAGGACACGACUCAUGACUACAAAUUCAUCGUGCUUAAGGACAUGUCUCACCAGUUCCGGUUCACAAACCGGGAAAUCCCCGAAGUUUACGAUAUCUCCAGCCUUCAAUCUCAGGUAGAGAAGGUGGAGAGCGAGAUUAACGAUUUAAUGGCCAAAUUGGAAGAACGGGGCAGACUAAUUGAGAUCGGAGUUACUGAUCCAAAAGAAUUGGACAGAAUCAUUGCAGACAAAUAUGACGCGAAAAAGACCAUCGAGCCCGCUAUAAACCAGCCUCUUCCACCUCCAUCGGCAGCUCACAAGGUGAAGCUUGGCAAACGGUUCCUAAAGUCGGAUGCAGACUUCGAGGUGCUUAUUGGCAGCGACCCAACCACCACCGUGUCUUCGUUCGGGCCUGAACCACUCGAACGGAUAGCUCUUCUGCACUCAAAAUCCAGCACAAGUUCCAAGGCCAGUGUUUCGUCGAGACAAGUGUCCCGCAAUUCUUCGCUUUUCGAUGCUACCAGUGACCCUACGCUACCAACAGAGGUCGAUUCUGAGCUCCACAAUUUGAGUAUCAGCUUGAGAACAAGCGAGGGCUAUCUCCCUCAUAAUGUGUCCGUCAAGUUGACUUUGAAAGUUAUUAAUAUCCAUUCCAGCUACGCAAUCCCGCUGGUCUUUAAUCAGAAUGUUCCUGGCGACUUCUACUCGCCGCAGGCGUUCCUAAAAAUGAACAGGAAAUUUGAGCACUAUUUACAGCAGCUACGCGACCUUGCUUCCAAGACCGAUCAACGUGUUCCCAAGCGUCUUUACGAGAACCUUCUUUGUCUCAAUGGACUUAGAUACAGAGAAAAGAACUACGAGUUUUUCGAAAAACAGCAGAUCCAGCUCGAAUGGAACAAGACCGACUCUGGACAUGAAGCCAUUGCUCAGAUCCCAGUCCUUUUCAGUAAGGACAAGGUGAGAACUUACAAUUUGCUUCCAAGCUUCCAGAACUGCUAUCUCGUGAGACAGUACAUGAUUGGAGUGAAAAUCGGCAACAACGAAACAAUUAAUGUUCCAAUCAGAGUGACAUGA